UUAAAAUAAGGCUCAGAGCCAGCCACAUUCUCCCGCCAAUGACACACGCGAUUUCAAUUUGUUUCCCGCUCACUCUUUUCUCACAGUGACAACCCCAAAACCCCAAACUGUUGGAGUGGCAAUGGGAUGCCAAGGCAACGCUUUACAGGGAAGGAAUAUAUAUUGAAGGGACACAGGUUUUUGUAGUAUUGUUUGUUGCAGCAAGAUGGAGUCAAAAGUAUAGAUUUUAGCUACCGUAGUGCAGUGAACCCAAGGAUCGAAGAUUGAUUGAUUAGUUUGUUAGCCGCAAUCACUUUAGAAGACAGGUUUCUACGGUACUACCCCACCAUGAGAAUCAGUCCUCGCAAAGUCUCCGGGAAGCCUCGAAAUACUAGUAGUCUUGGUUCUGCCUCUUCUGGGCUUUGGAACUUCCUCCGUCGUAGACUAUUCCUUGUUUCAGUGGCCAUUGCUUGUUUCUAUGUGACAUUAUCCGGUCAUCUCUACAUGGCCAAUGAUGACCGCUAUCAGCAGCAGCACCAUGAGAAAACGAACAGCAAUCCAGACUACCUGAAAGAGAUUGAACAACGGACCGGCCACACGUAUGUCCCUGCAGUUGUGAAUUUUACAGGCUACCCGUUGACACGAGAGGGUAUGAUUGCUACCGGUGCUCAAAUGGGUCGAUCCGUGGUUGAGCGCUUUCAAGUCAAAAAGCAACAACCACAAAAAGGCAACACCAACAACCAUUGGUGGUGUCGACCACGUCCUGCCAAUCCUCCCGAAAAAUACUUGCAGCAACCCCGCAACAAUACGCAAAACCAAGGACUCUUUUUUGUCAAGACACCCAAAACGGCGUCGCAAAGCAUUAAUCGAAUCCUCAAACGAACCAUUGCUAGAGUCCGUGGUCGGACUGGUAGAACGUGCCAUUUGCGAGGACACCACAUACAGGGCGAUCCUGCCGCGUGGUAUGGUCAUCGACAUCAGUUUCACAGCGUUUUGCUCACAUCCUUGCGAGAUCCAGUGCCAAGAGCACUCAGUCGCAUUUGGUGGACACUCUCCACCAGACAAUUCACAUCCGCGGGGAUUGAUGUGGCCUUGCUGGAACAGGCAUUGACCCGAUGGACGGAAACUGAAACGGGUGUCAUUAGCAAUGGACAAGGUGGAUUUCAACUCAAUUAUGUGAGCUUUCCAGUGAUUCCUCCACAAUCGGCGUGGAAACCCAAUCAACCCUUUCAAGUUCAAGAUCCGGACCAAGUGCAUGGGUACAUUGAACAGGCUCUGCAGGAAUACGACUUUUUUCUGGUUCAGGAGCGCUUGGACGAAUCUCUUGUGGCACUCCAAUUGCUUCUCGGGUUGGAGACGGCCGACAUUCUCAGCAUGCCAUUGCACGUGGGAGGGAGUUAUCUCUACGAUCGGAUUGCUGGAUGUAUUGAAUUGGUGCCUCCUCCCAAACUCUCGGGGGAACAGCCCGACACGGUGUUGGUGCCGUUUUUGAAAAACUACUUUUCAUCCCCGCAAUGGUUGGCCCAGAACUAUGGAGAUUAUCUAUUGUGGGGUGCCGCUCAGGCAAGUCUCGAUCAAACCAUUGAGAAAUUGGGAUUGUCACGCUUCCAAACGGCGUUGGAGGAAUUUCACCAACUCCAAGAAGCCGUGAUGCAAACUUGUUCCCAACAAGUCGUCUUUCCUUGUUCGCACAAUGGGACUAUUCAGCGAGAAGACUACAAGCCAGGAAACAAGAAUGCCAAUGGAGAUCGGUACCCUCAAGCCGAUAUUGAAGCCUGCAUUGAUCAAGUGGUGGCAAAGCGCUUGCAGUCAAAGUGGCAAAACGCUUGAAGUCAAAGCAACAACCGCUGAACACGAUCUGAAAUGAAACGAAACGAAUGACCUGCGUGAUGGCGGCGUUAUGGGCGAUAUUUCCGACCCACCAACACACGAAGCUAGAGGAUCCUAGAUUGAAGUGCUCUUCUAUGAGACCGGCCCAGCGAAAGGGAGGGUCUAACUUUAAGGCGCCUCUUUCCACGCACGGUAGGGCAAACCUGAUAGGGGCAUCCCGGGAAACACACACGAAAACGUUAUCAUCAACCAGCGGUAUUGAAUAGCUAAAAGUUACUCUAUAGCAUCAACCGAAACAUCUAAACUACUAGCACCUACAUGCAACUAAUUCGAUUCGAUUCGAGAAUAUUGCACUUCUUCUUAUCCCGAACGUCGUCUUGCCGUGGCUACCCACAGAAAGGCGACAUUUGCCACAAUGGCCGCGGCAUCGCGCAAGAAUCGACGUCUCUUUUGUUGACUGGCUUUGAGGGUGGCAUUCUCUUGUCGUAAUCGUUGAAUCUCUUCCACCAAAACAUCCUCUAGCGAUUCUUCAUCUUCUUCUUGACGACGUCGCUUUCGUCGCAGUGGUCUUGUCUUGGGCCGUUCCGCCCCCGGCGUCAUGAGCCACGGAUUGCAAUGGAGGUAAUAAAAGAGGGCAUCCAAAUCGUGCGAAUGCUUGGCCAGAGCAACAGUCCAUGUAUCGCGGGUGUUGUUCGUCAUGAGUUCCUUUCGUCCUUGUUCGUUGAGGCGCAAAUAGAGUUCCAUUUCCGUGCGAUGUCCGGCAUCCAAACUAAUGUACUUGCUGGUAUCUUCCGAAGUGGUAAAGCAUUCCAACUUUUGAAGAGAAUAGUUGGUGCGCAGGGUAGUCACAAAGGCUUCUUC